AUGUCAGUGCCAGGCUGGAUGCCCAACAGAAGAAGCUCAACCUUCCAAUCCUCCCAACCACCACCAUUGGCUCUUUCCCACAAAACCAUCGAGCUCAGGAGAGUUCGUCGUGAGUACAAGGCUAAAAAAAUCUCUGAGGAAGAAUAUGUUAAGGCCAUCAAGGAGGAGAUCUACAAAGUUGUCCAACUCCAGGAAGAACUUGACAUCGAUGUCCUUGUCCAUGGAGAGCCAGAGAGAAACGACAUGGUUGAGUAUUUUGGUGAGCAGCUGUCCGGUUUUGCCUUCACCGCAAACGGAUGGGUGCAAUCCUACGGAUCUCGGUGCGUGAAGCCCCCAAUCAUCUACGGUGAUGUCAGCCGACCCAAGGCCAUGACCGUCUUCUGGUCAUCCAUGGCCCAGGAAAUGACCAAACGCCCCAUGAAGGGUAUGCUCACCGGCCCCGUCACCAUUCUCAACUGGUCCUUUGUCCGUAACGACCAGCCCAGAUUCGAGACUUGCUACCAGAUUGCUCUGGCAAUCAAGGAUGAAGUUGAGGAUCUUGAGAAGGCCGGAAUCACGGUUAUCCAAAUUGACGAGGCAGCAUUGAGAGAGGGAUUGCCACUACGGAAGGCAGAGCAUGCCUUCUACUUGGACUGGGCUGUUCACUCUUUUAGAAUCACAAAUGUAGGCGUUGCUGACACCACACAGAUCCACACCCACAUGUGCUACUCAAACUUCAAUGACAUCAUCCACUCCAUCAUCAACAUGGAUGCUGAUGUCAUCACCAUUGAGAACUCAAGAUCUGAUGAGAAGCUUUUGUCUGUGUUCCGUGAGGGAGUGAAAUAUGGUGCUGGAAUCGGGCCCGGUGUGUAUGACAUUCAUUCUCCAAGAAUCCCCUCCAUGGAGGAGAUUGCUGACAGGGUCAACAAGAUGCUUGCCGUUUUGGAGACCAACAUCUUGUGGGUCAACCCGGAUUGUGGCCUGAAGACAAGGAAGUACGGGGAGGUCAAACCUGCUCUUUUGAACAUGGUCACCGCUGCCAAGAAGCUCCGCGCCGACCUCGCCAGCGCCAAGUGAGCGACCCUGAUUUCUUCAAGAAGAAGAAAAGUCAGAAGUGUAAAGUAUACUUGAAAGUUGUACACGAUAUGGGUAUAUGUGGGAAAUGGGUUGCAUCUAUCAUAUCAUGAAUUGUAAGUGUCGUUUAGUGAUUUAUGUUUUCUAUGUGUUAUGGUUGAGUAAUAAGUGUAGAAUUUUUAAAAGGUUUAGGUCUUGAAAGUGUAAGCAUAAUGGAAUAUGGAAGGUGAGCUUGCAUAUAUAAGACCGUUCAUUGAUGAUUUUCGUAUAUGAUACUUCUUAUGCUUGUUUGGGAUUGAACCAAGGA